CAAGAAUCCACUUCCUGAAAUGGAAUUUGCAGGUAAUGGAGAAAUAAAGGGUAGCAUUGGAGGGUUGCCUUCUCCUAAUCUAGGCAAAAAACUAUGGUCGGUUUCAGAAGCACUUGGAAACAUUGCCUUUGCCUUCCCAUUCUCUGUCAUUUUUCUAGAGAUACAGGUGCAGCAAGGGUUCACAUUCAAAGAUAUAGCGAAUGAAAUGUGGCAAUCUAAUAAAAGUUUGAACUUUUAUAAAGGAUACGUUGAAAGAGCCUUCAGAAAAGGCGACCAUGAAGAAGGCCUCAAUAAUGGCAGUCUGCACCACCACAUUUUUCUACCUGUGUUGCGGAGGAUUGGGUUAUGCAGCAUUUGGCAAUGCAGCGCCCGGGAACCUCUUAACGGGAUUUGGUUUUUACGAGCCUUAUUGGCUCGUCGACUUUGCUAAUGCAUGUGUUGCUCUUCACCUUGUUGGAGGAUAUCAGGUGUUCAGCCAGCCAUUGUAUGCAAAUGUGGAGAGAUGGCUCGGGAAGAAAUACCCAGAGAGUCAAUUUGUACAGAGGAACUAUGUUCUAAAACUAAACUACUUUCCAGCAUUGCAGUUUAACUUCAUGAGAGUGGUUUUCAGAACUGCAUAUGUUGCUGCAAUAACUGGGAUUGCGAUACUGUUCCCUUACUUCAACCAGGUUGUGGGGGUAGCAGGAGCAGUCAACUUUUGGCCUAUAGUCGUGUACUUCCCUGUUGAGAUGUACCUAAAGCAGAAAGAGAUUGAAUUUUGGACAUGCAAGAAGACCGCUCUUCGUAUAUACACAUACCUAUGCUUGGUUAUCAUCCUAUUUGCCUUUGUUGGUUCCAUCCGAGGAUUGAUCCUUGCCAGGUUCAGCUAGGAGGUCACUACUUGGUCACAUCUACUUCCUAGUAAGAGUAAAGUUUGCAUACACACAUCCUCUUACCGUAUUUUUGUGGAAUUUUACUGGGUUUGUUGCUAUUAUAGUUACACAUUUACGCUUUUCAUUGUGUGACAAUGUGUUGACUAUAAAUGUAAUACAUAGUUUUUUUAACGUGGAAUUCCGAUUUUGCUUUCGUUGAACAUACAUAGUAUGAGUUUUUUUUUCUUUGAUGAACUGCUGUAACAUAUAAUUGACUGAAAACUCAAAUUACAUUUUAUAAUACAUUGUAUGAGGUUGU